AUGCCCAGCGACGCAGUGGUGAUGGAUAAGAUUAUUGAGGGCGAUGGCAAGACGAUUCCUCGAUCUGGCAGUGUUGUGACACUAGACUAUAUUGGUUAUCUGGAGGACGGAAGCAAGUUCGACUCAACGCUGGAGCGCGGGAAGCCUUUCGUGUUUCGCGUUGGGUGCGGUGAGGUGAUCAAGGGCUGGGACGCGGGUAUUAUUCAGAUGUCCAAGGGCGAGCGUAGCAAGCUGACAAUGCCGCCGACUCUCGCCUACGGCGGCACAGGGUUUCCGGGGCUGAUCCCCCCCAACGCGACCAUUGUGUUUGAGGUGACGCUGCUCGAUGUAGCGUAG